AUGACAGUGACGCCACUCGACUUCGCGGCGAUCACAGGGCUCAGAGUUGGAGGAGACCCGAUCCCUUAUGACUCGAGUCUGGUGCUGGACGACGCGGCUCUGAGGUGGUUCCUCGGGCAAGUGCCACGCCACAGCGGGGGGAUGGCAACUUACGGGCAGUUCGUGGAGUACUGGGACCACGAGCCUGCGACCGAUGAGGAGGCGGCCCAGAUGGCCCGGGCAUACUUGCUAUACUUGUUCGGGGCUUCUCUGUUCCCGAACAGGCGUAGCCGGGUGCACCUGUGCUAUCUAGCGGGCUUGGUCGACUUGGGACAGGCGGGACGCUUCGACUGGGGAGGUGCUGCUCUGUGCACGCUCUACUGUCUCCUUGGAGCUGCUUCUCGCGGGGUUGGAGACACAGUUGGAGGGUACUGGCGGGUGUUUGAGCUUUGGGCUUACGAGGUUCUCGGGAUGUUCCCACCCGAGAAUACUUGUACGGACUCGAACUUACUCCCACGCGGCUUAGCCUGGGGUAAGGCAUACCGGAGAGCAAAGGAGCGACGAGGAGAGGUGAUGACUUUCCGGCGCUGGCUGGACAACCUGACAGGGGUUGUGGUACGAUCGACAUCUCUUGCUUUUCUUUUAGCAAAUUUUUCGGCGAGUAGACUUAUGAAUGAAUCCAAAAUUUGA